AUGAUCCGCUGCGUGUGCUCCCACCGCGCAGGACACCGCGAAUGCUCUCUAACGCGCCGGCUCUCCUUUUAUUAUGGUUAUUAUGAUGAUGAUGAUGAUGAUGGGGGGCUUUUUUUUUUCGCUCCUCCUCGGAUCGCUCCUAAUUCCUCGCCGGCGCCGGCUCGCUCUGCCCCUGCGCGGCCGCCGGGCGAGGCUGGCGCACCGCCCGCGGACGCUCGGCGGAGCAGCAGGAAGCCGCCGCCGCCGCCGCCGCCGCCGCUCCGCCCGAGCGCAGCGCAGCGCCGGGCUGGAGCAGACUGCGGGAACCCGGAAGUAGUGGUGGCCAUAACAGGUCGCGUCUUACACAAUGCGCUGGGCGGCAGCAACUCCGCCACCGGCGCAGGGGGGCGCGCCGCCCGCCCCGCGCCCGCGCAGCGCCGCGGCUGGGCGCCGCCCCGCGCCGCGCCCCCAUUGGUCCGGGCGGGAAGCGGGGCUCGGACCGGCGCGCGGGGGGGGCGCGCCCCCGGCCCCGUCCCGGUGCCCGGCCCCAGCCUUAUUCCCGUUCCCAGCCUUAUUCCCGGCCCCAGCCCUGUCCCCAUCCCCUCCGCCGGCGCGCUGUCCUGCGCGGGGCCAUCCCCCCCGCCGGUGCCUCCAUCCGCCGAGCCGGGGGUCCGCUCCCUUGCGUUCAAAAGCACAGCCAUCCCUCCCGCAGCCCCGCCGGUCCCCGCCGGCCCGGGAGCGGAGAACUCGCCGUGCCCCUCCCUCCCCUACCUGCGCCGAGCCCCGAGCGGGCGCUUGCGGGGAGAGCUGCCCCGACACUGCCGCAUCUCCCGCCCGGGCAGCGGGGCGGGCGGCGGAGAGCCCGCGGUACAGCGGGCUGAGCUGCCGGGGAACGGGGAGUGGCGGGGGGGCUCCGCUGGUGCAUCCCCCGGGACAGACGGGACGCUGCUCCGCUCUGCCGGAUCACCGGGGGCGGCGGGCAGCGGCUCGGUCCCCGCCGCCACGUCUCAAACUUCGGGGAAACGCGUUUCGAUCCCCCCCAUUCCCGCCCCUUUUCCGCUAGGACCGGCUUUUUAUCCCGGCGAGAGAAACCCAGACCUCUCAGGAGCAACCAAGAAGAGCGAAACAAACAAGAAACCGCAGAAGAAAGCAUUGGAAAGGCGGCCGGGAGAUAAUCCAGGAAUGCUUCAGAUAAGGAAGGGGGGGGCACUAUACGUGCGGAGAUACCCGAAAAGUCAGAGCCUGAUGGAAAGGCUGAAAGAGGGACGGGGGGUGGGGGGGAAACCCGCACUUGUUUAGAGCCUAUUAAAGGUCACAUCGGGCUGGGGGGUGGGCUGCGGGUGAUGAUAAAAGGAGUUUAAGAACGAGGGGUUUAAGCGCGCAGAUGAAGCGCAGCGCCAGGAUUUGGGGGGUUUGUUUACUGGCUCCCGGUGCAGAAAAAAAAAGAGCGGCGGGUCCGUGCGGAGAGUCAGCCCGAGGUCAGCCGGGGCUGCCCCGCGCCCGCCGCCGGCACAGCCCGGGCCCGGGUGCCGCCCGGGAGUCCCCGGGAGUCCGCGGGGCCGGGAGCGGGAGCUGCCCGCUGCCCCACGGCCGGGCCUGGCGCUUGCAGAAGUCAUGGAGGGGUUUGAUCAAUUAAACGGAGGGCUUCGUAAAAUAUUUCCUAAUAAAAUCUACGGUUGUCUUAAAAGUUUCCAACAGCGCUAUCAUCUUUUUUUUCCUCCCCCCUUAAAUAAAAUUAACUGGGAAAUGAGUUGCUGGCCGGGAUUUUCGAGACUUCAGCGGUGACAGCGGUGCCGGCGGCGGGAGUGAAGGCACCCGCACACAAAAGGAGUCUUUCAGGGACAAAAGUUGCGACGGCUGCCAGGUUUUCCCCGCGGUGGCACCUCGGGGCAGCCCGGGCAAGGCAGCGCAGAGCCGACCUGAGCCUUGCACUUCCUACUUCACAUUACAAAUAGAACAUUUCAGCCAAAAAUCAGUACACUAACACCUGAGCUGGUAACACCAUCGUGUGCUGGGGUUGUGGAAGGGUUUUUUCUUGCACGGUUUGGGUUCUACGAGUCCAUUUGGGUUAAUUUGGGAACGCUGCUCCGCGCCGGGGUUCGCGACGAUCCCUGCCUUUAGUCCGUUCGCCCCCCGGCACUCCUGUAUUCCCUGCCUAUGCCAAUCCCUCUCUCUUUCCUGUCGAUAUUCCUAUACUUCUCGUUGAAUUAAAUAAUAAUAACAAUAAAGGAAAUUGCUGGAUAAAAAUCGUGGCUGCUUAAUUAAAAAAAAAAAAAA